AAAAUUGCGCGCGAGCCCCGUCGCUAAUUCCCGCCCGGCUCAGGCUAAUAGGCUCCCUCGAAGGUGGCGGGAGCGCGAGGGGGGCGACGAGCCGGGCAGAGGCGCUCGUCGCUGGCUGCCCAACUUGGAUGAUGACCAUGACUACGAUGGCUGACGGGCUGGAAGCGCAGGACUCGUCCAAAUCCCAUGUCCUGGACUUGCACUCCGGGACCCACGCACAUGCCUUUACAGGGAGAGCCGCCGAAGUGUGCGGGAAUGCGGAAGCGCCUUUUUGGUUCGGGGGCUACAAGCCCCGCUCAUUCGCUUGGGCGCCGUGGAUAUGCAAACCUGGGUUUCUAAGGACAGAUCAGCAAAAAACCACAGUUAUCGAAAACGGGGAGAUACGGUUUAACGGGAAGGGGAAGAAGAUUCGGAAGCCUCGAACCAUUUACUCGAGUCUCCAGCUGCAGGCUUUAAACCACCGCUUCCAGCAGACCCAGUACCUGGCACUUCCUGAAAGAGCAGAACUGGCCGCAUCACUAGGACUUACCCAGACGCAGGUGAAGAUCUGGUUCCAGAACAAGCGCUCCAAGUUCAAGAAGUUGCUCAAGCAAGGCAGUAAUCCACACGAGAGUGACCCCUUGCCGGGCUCUGCCACUCUGUCCCCGAGGUCUCCAGGGUUGCCUCCUGUCUGGGACGUUUCAGCCUCUGCCAAAGGAGUCAACAUGCCUCCCAAUAGCUACAUGCCUGGCUAUUCUCACUGGUACUCUUCUCCACAUCAAGACACAAUGCAGAGACCACAAAUGAUGUGAAUGGUCCAAGAGAAACAACUUCACGGAGAAGCCGCUGUCUCCAGCACAGCCCUGCCAAAGGGGCCAGCUUGCAGGGGUUCUGGGUGAAUUUGGAGUUGUGUGGUAAAGGAAGACAGACUGGGGCAGCUUUCCCUUUCCCUUCCCUUUAACCUCAGCGAUUGAUCUUGAACAGAAAGAGACUAUUUGCGUUGUGGCCCACGUCAGAUGCUCCUCUUUAGGAUAUUUCCCUUGGGACAUGGAGGCACCAGUCCUCCCUUGGAGAGUAUAAGUUCAAGCAAGCAAGCAAGCAAGCAAGGAACAAAAAAAGGUACAAGCUUUUCCCACCAGUCCACGCGGCAGCUUUUAAAAAAGAACUGGUUCAAUGAAGAAGCAGCUAAGGAAGCUGUCCUAUUUUCAUUCACUAAAAUCAGAUUAACACAGUAGAGAUUGGAAAGGGGUGGGAAGGUUUGCUUUUUUUAAAAAAAAAGGAGGGAGAAAAUAAUAUUUGGAAAGAUGGGGGCAUGGGAGGGGAGGAAGAAACUGACCUUAGAACACUUCCACCAAGCAAAGAGUCCUUGUGUUUCCUGGGAGUGGAACUGACAAUCUCUUUGAAGUCUAUAAGGCACCUGAAAUAACCUGAAACUGACCAGAUGUUGCACAGUUGAAAGGGAAGUAAAGCUGUAGCACUUCUGCAGCCUUUAUUCAUUUCUGUGGGGCUUUUAAAAUAGAGUUUCCUAUGUGGCUUAUGCCCAAAGAGAAAGAGAACAGAGAAAAAUAACUUGCCUAACAGAACAAGGCAAACCUCCCCUUCAUCCUACGGCUGAAAUGCCAUCCUCCUACCCCAUCAACCCAACGGUCUGCGGCACUCUCUCAGUUUCCCAGCCAUCCACCAAACUUGCUGUACAUAUUGUUCAAUUUUAGUUGUAUAUAUACUUUGUA